CCAUUAUUGAAAGCAAGAACCAUACGGCUUCAUUCAUGUUUACAAAUAGUGAUUGACUUAUAAACCAAUCAAUAAUUAUUGAAAAGAAGGUGCCACGAAAUCAACGCUUAUAAACUUGUUCAUAAUAUUUAUAUAUGCAUUUUUUAAGUUCAUUCAUAAUAUUGAUAUGUGCCUUUUUUAAUUGAUAGAUUCACGUUGCCCAAUCAACUUCUCUAAAAAUUUAGCUUACUUAGAUGGCUAGUAGCAGCAACUCAUCUUUAGCUCUUGUAACUUCUUCAAAGAAAAAUUAUUAUGAUGUGUUUGUCACCUACAGAGGUGAAGACACUCGCAACAAUUUGACUGAUUUUCUUUUUGAUGCCCUUGAAUCAAAAGGCAUUAUGGUAUUUCGGGAUGACAUUAAUCUUCAAAAAGGUGAAUAUAUAGGAUCUGAGCUUCUUCGAGCAAUCGAAAGAUCUCAUGUUUACGUAGCAGUCUUCUCAAGAAACUAUGCUUCCUCAACAUGGUGCCUUCAAGAAUUAGAGAAGAUUUGUGAAUGCAUUGAGGGAUUAGAAAAACAUGUUCUUCCUAUUUUUUAUGAUGUUGAUCCUUCUGAGGUACGAAAGCAAAGUGGAAUUUAUUGGGAAGCUUUUGUCAAACAUGAACAAAGAUUCCAACAAGACUUUCAAAUGGUGUCAAGAUGGAGGGAAGCUCUAAAACAAGUGGGGAGUAUCUCUGGUUGGGAUCUACGUGAUAAGCCACAAGCUGCAGAGAUUAAAAAGAUUGUUCAAAAGAUAAUCAAUAUAUUAGAGUGCAAGUCUUUAAGUGUUUCAAAAGAUUUAGUUGGGAUUGAUUCUCCUAUAAAAGCAUUACAAAAUCAUUUGCUUUUGGACUCAGUUGAUGGUGUUCGUGCUAUAGGAAUUUGUGGAAUGGGAGGAAUAGGGAAGACAACCCUUGCUACGGCUUUAUAUGACCAAAUAUCUCAUCGAUUUAGUGCAUCAUGUUUUAUUGAUGAUGUAAGCAAAAUUUAUAGAUUACAUGAUGGUCCACUCGAAGCACAAAAGCAAAUCCUAUUUCAAACUCUUGGCAUAGAACACCAUCAAAUAUGCAAUCGUAACAUGGCAACUGAUUUGAUACGACGUAGGCUACGUCGUGAGAAGGCCCUUCUGAUUCUUGAUAAUGUUGAUCAAGUUGAACAAUUUGAAAAAAUAGGUGUGCGUCGUGAAUGGUUAGGUGCAGGUAGUAUAGUUAUUAUCAUUUCUAGAGAUGAGCAUAUAUUGAAAGUGUAUGGAGUGGAUGUAGUUUACAAAGUUCCACUUUUGAAUCAGACAGAAUCUUGCAAGUUGUUUUGUCGAAAAGCUUUCAAACUUGAGAAAACUAUUAUGAGUAAUUAUCGAAAGUUGGCAUCUGAUGUACUACGUUAUGCUAAUGGUCUACCACUAGCAAUUACAAUAUUGAGCUCAUUUUUGUUUGGUCGUAAUGUAACUGAAUGGAAUGGUGCAUUGGCUAGAUUGAGAGAAGGUCCAGAUAAUGAUGUUAUGGAUGUGCUGAGUUUAAGCUUUGAUGUGCUAAAGGAGAGUGAAAAAGAAAUAUUUCUUGAUAUUGCUUGUUUUUUCAACGGUUAUCACGAGAAAUAUGCUAAAAACAUUUUAAAUUGUUGUGGAUUUCAUGCUGAUAUUGGGUUAAGAGUUCUCAUUGAUAAAUCACUUAUAAGCAUUGAUUAUUCAAUGAGGAUUGAAAUGCAUUCUCUGUUAGAAGAGCUAGGAAAAAAAAUUGUGCAAGAAAAUUCAAGCAAAGAGCAAAGAAAGUGGAGCAGGCUGUGGUCCAAAAAACAAAUCUACAAUGUUGUGAUGGAGAAUAUGGAAAAGCAUGUUGAAGCCAUAGUUUUGGAAUAUGAAGAUUAUGAUGAAGAGGAAGUUGAAUACUUGUCAAAAAUGAGUAAUCUUAGAUUGCUGAUCAUAAAGUGCGGUUGGCAUAUCUUAGAAAGCCCAAGUUGUCUUUCAAAGGAAUUAAGAUAUGUUGACUGGCAUAUGUAUCCUUUCAUGUGUUUGCCAUCAAAUUUUCAGCCCAAUCAACUUGUAGAAUUGUUCUUGAAGAAGAGCAACAUUAGACAACUAUGGAAAAACAAGAAGUAUCUUCCCAAUCUGAGAAGAUUGGAUUUAAGUGAUUCUAGAAAGCUAGAAAAGAUAAUAGAUUUUGGAGAGUUCCCGAAUCUUGAGUGGUUAAAUUUGGAAGGAUGCGUAAACCUUGUGGAGUUGGAUUUAUCUAUUGGACUUUUAAGAAAGCUUGUUUACUUGAAUGUAAAAGAUUGUGAAAAUCUGGUAAGCAUACCCAACAACAUAUUCAGUCUUAGCUCUCUUCAAGAUCUAAAUUUGGGUGGUUGUUCCAAAGUGUUUAACAAGUAUUCGUUGCCAUCCUUGCAUAGCUUAUAUUGUUUGCGUAGCAUUGACAUUAGCUAUUGCCGUCUAAGCCAUGUUCCUGAUUCAAUUGAAUGUUUACAUUCGCUAGAAAGAUUAAAUUUAGGGGGAAACUAUUUUGUGACACUACCUAGCCUGAGGAAGCUUUCCAAACUUGUAUAUUUAAAUUUGGAACACUGCAAGUUGUUGGAAUCUUUGCCUCAACUUCCUUCCCCUACCACUAUUGGGCGGGAACGAGAUGAGAAUGACGAUGUCUGGAUUUCAGGAUUGGUCAUUUUCAACUGUUCAAAAUUGGGUGAGAGGGAACGUUGCAGGAGCAUGACAUUUUCAUGGAUGAUACAAUUCAUUCAGGCAAACCUACAAUCCUACCCAACCUACUUUGAUAGGACUCAAAUUGUAACUCCAGGAAGUGAAAUACCAAGUUGGAUCAACAAUCAAAGUGUGGGUUAUUCAAUACAAAUAGACGAAUCUCCUAUUAUGCAUGACAAUAACAAUAAUAUCAUUGGAUUUGUAUGUUGUGCAGUAUUUACCAUGGCACCACGUCGUAGGCGGGUUCCAUCGUCGACCAUUAUGGAACUAGUUUUACCUAAGAAUUCCUAUAUGAAUUUUUGGAGAAUAAGUGUUCCAGUAAUUCUCGAUGGUGGUCUUAUUACGACCAAAUCAAGUCACCUAUGGAUAAUCUACUUCCCUCGAGAUUCCUAUAAUGAAUUUGGAAGAAUCUAUUUUGACAUUUUUGAGAGGGAAGGUCUGGGUAUGAAGGUGAAGAGUUGUGGGUAUCGUUGGGUAUGUAAACAAGACCUACAAUAGUUCAACUUAACAAUGAUGAAUCACAAAAAUAUCCUUAGCUCCGAAGUGUAAGGUUUGGGUAUGAAGAUGAGGCAGAACCACAACCGCAGCCAUAACCACUUCACAGAUAAGAAGGUAAUGAAGAGUCUCAACAAAUUGAACAAGAAUCAUCUAUCUGUUGCCACCUACUCAUUGUUUGUCAUCAACCUGCAAAAUACAAACAUAUUUUCAUGGGUAUAUGUUCUGCUUCAUACCAUGAAGUGUUUUUUUUACUUUUAUGUGAAAAUUGAAGUUUUUUAUUUUAACGUAAA